UGCCGGUCCUUUGCUGGCCAGGAUGUGGUCUGUGCUUUUAGCUACCACUCAUAUAUUGGCGUCCCACAUAGUAGCCGAGUAGAAAACACUCGUUUGUGAAAUAUGUCGUCUAAGGAAACACAAACAGAUCCGAAAAGGAGCAAAAAGAUAGCUGAGGAAGAACCAAAAUCAACUAAGAAUGUGACCACACAAACUACGGUAGAAGCGAAGCCGAAACCAGCGCAACCAGCUGCACAGCUGAUUCAAAAGAUAUUAGAUUGCCAAUUUGAAAUAUUCGGUAUUGUGCAAGGGGUCUCCUUUCGAAUGUAUACGAUGCGAAGGGCUGAGAAGCUAGGGGUGCGGGGUUGGUGCAUGAACACCCCACGCAAUACUUUCACGGGCCAAAUCCAGGGCUAUGAACCAGCAUUUGAGGCAAUGCGUCUCUGGCUAGAGCACACUGGCAGCCCCACGAGUCGGAUUGACAAGUGUAUUUUUGGCACCACCAAUAUAUUGCAAGAAUUUACAUUUGAUUCGUUUACUAUUCGAAACGAAUAA